CGCAGCUUAUUUUUCCAGGCCAUCACCAAACCAUCUUCGUCUUCAGGUCUACGGAAUGCGGCUGUCUAGAAUACGGCUGCUGCUGAACAAUGCGAGCUUCAGCGGUUUCAUCUACGACUAUGUCAUCGACUACCUGCGGCCGUACAUUGAAGCAAAAGUUGCUCAACUUCUCGCUCAGGAACUGCGGCGAAUCGCUGCUGAGACACUUAAAACGGUCAAGGUCACAACCGCCAUCAAAGAGGACGAAGACAUCUUCGCAGAGGAGUCGGCGCUGAGUCGCACCUGGACAAAGGCUCUCGGCAGUGCCGCUAGCUACCUCGCUCUCAUACGUGGGCGGCACCCCGGUGGUUCGCGUGGUGCUGAUAGCGAUGAAGAAGUUACCCCAUCGCGCCCUUUACCAGAAAGGCAGCGGGAGCCUCGCCGUGCGGAGGUAGAGCGCGAACGUGGAGUUUUCGACGGCUGUCUUCGCGCAUUGGCGCUUUCUAGAGGAGCUGACACGCUACCGCUGCCACGGAAUAUCGGCGACCUUCAUUUUUCCUUCGGACGUAUCACUGUACACGAAGGCAACCUGACGGGUUUAUCGAGUGUCUACAGAAGUGGUGACUGCGCCUUAGUUCUCGGUGAAUGUGGCCUGUCACUCCGUCUAGACUUGGGCUUCGAAGAUAUCCUGGUCAAAGCUGAGGCUGUGCUAAGCGACCGUUUCCGCACCAGAGCUACUGUCCUGGACUUGCAGAUUCCCGCUGUGGAGAUGUCGCUUGAUAUUGCCGAGAUAAACAGCCAGCUUCAAAUUAUCUCCUACAGCAUGGCUUUCUUGGCACCUGUAAAAGUGACAGCACCACUCCUAACACGAGAUGGUUCGGUGAACGUUGUCGGUGUUGCACCCGAAGUCAGGCUCAGUGACCAGGACCUUGAGGAGCUGAAAUUAUCUGUCCACAAAUGUCUGCAAAAAGUUAUUCGUGCUGCACAGAGUUUGAUUUCAGAGUCACCAUACAUCGAAUCAUAAUGUGCACAUUUACUAUUUUUGACAAUUUUUUGUCGUUGACGUACGUGUUUCUGCUAAUGUGCUGUCGGGAACUAGUCAUGUUGCCCUGAUGCGAGUGCACAUCCAGCAAUAAAAUCAUACGGGAACGAUAUUUUUCAGCAAGCUCAAUUUUCACUUAUCCUGGGAAGCCAGCUUCUAAUUAAAGGUUUCAGAAAGUAGCGAUUUUUCAGACUUGCACACUUCCUGCUGAACUAUACGGCUUCCCUUUUCAAAAACCCCGUGCCACUGGGUCCUAG